UGUUUACAUUUUGCAAUCUGGACACAAUGAGCCUUGAAAGUGUUUUCUUCAUAAUGUCUGUAAAUUUGUAUUUCUGAACGAUGAUUCGUUGAAACAAUUGCUAAUAUGAGGUAGGUUUCUCUAAUUUGUUAGGCAUUAAAACUCUUCAUAGCGGAUAUGGUUUAAGGAUGAGCGCUUUCAUUUUUUUUAUAAACGAGCAUCUUUAGCCGACAUUUCGGAAUUCAUUUGUUGAAUGCGAGCAUAAAGUACAGUAUCUCUUUGCCGUCGACAUUAAGCAGCUCACUAUAGCGUAGUUACCUUUGUAAUUUGCCUUUCAUGGAAAUGUACGUAUUUAUGUCAUAAAAACAAAUGUCAUAUAUUUUGCUGUAACUUUUACACCAAAUGCUCCAAUCGGCUAUCCAUGGCAACAGCAGUAUACCGGAGAGCGCGUAGAUGUUGCAGGGGGAAUUUGAGUCUAUAUAACUUAGCAUUCACCGGAGAAAAUGAACAUUAUUGCUCGCCACUAAGGACAUAUCUAUCGGUUGAGUUGAUGCCGCAUAGAGUGGUCGAGUUUAAAUCGUUUAUACCUGGCGAUGAUGAUCAUGAAACAGUGGGAGAAUAUGACAUAAGAAAAUAAAAUGAUGUAGAAAUGGACUGAAGUUGGAAAUGAACGGAAUGGAGUUGAGUAAGGGUGGAAUGUAGAACGACAUUCAUGUCAUUUCCAUGAAUUCUGGAUGUUGACAAAUAUUUGAAAACCCCGCUAGCGGCAAGAUUUUACUGGCCUUGAUAGCAUUUAAAGAAAC